CCCGCCCCUCUCCCUUGCCUGGGUGGAGCCAGCCCUCAGCGGACAUGGCUGCCCGUGCUCUCCGCAGGGCCGCGGGCCCCUCUCCGUGCCCUGCCUGGAGACAAGCUCAUGCAGUAGGCAAGGGACGCCUGAAGCCCGAGUACAACGCGGUGGUGAUAGGAGCAGGACACAACGGGCUGGUGGCUGCGGCGUACCUGCAGCGACUGGGGGUGAACACGGUGGUCUUCGAGAGGCGCCACGUGAUCGGGGGCGCAGCUGUCACCGAGGAGAUCGUCCCAGGGUUCAAGUUCUCCCGAGCGUCCUACCUCCUCAGCCUGCUCAGGCCGCAGAUUUACACCGACCUGGAACUGAAGAAACACGGGCUGAGGCUUCACCUCCGAAACCCGCACUCUUUCACCCCCAUGCUGGAAGAGGGCGUGGGGAGCAGGGUGCCCAGGUCCCUCCUGCUGGGCACAGACGCGGUGGAAAACCAGAAGCAGAUCGCACGCUUCUCACAGAAGGACGCCCAGGCCUUUCCCAGGUACGAGGAGUUCCUGAGCCGCUUGAUCUUAGCAAUUGACCCCCUGCUGGACGCAGCCCCUGUGGACCUGGCGGCCCUCCAGCAGGGCCGCCUGCUGCAAAGGCUCAAGUCGCUGUCCACACUCAUGCCUCUGCUGAAGGCAGGCCGCAUCCUGGGAGCGCAGCUUCCCCAGUACUACCAGGUGCUCGUGGCUCCCAUCUCCAAGGUGCUGGAUCACUGGUUUGAGUCGGAGCCACUGAAAGCCACUCUGGCCACAGAUGCUGUGAUUGGAGCCAUGAUGAGUCCCCAUACUCCAGGAAGUGGGUACGUGCUGCUGCACCAUGUGAUGGGGGCCCUGGAGGGGAGGCAGGGCGCCUGGGGUUACGUCCAGGGUGGCAUGGGCGCCCUCUCCGAAGCCAUCGCGAGCUCAGCUACCGCACACGGAGCCAGUAUCUUCACUGAAAAGACAGUGGUGCGGGUGCAGGUGAACAGCGAAGGCCGGGUUCAAGGCGUUGUGCUGCAGGACGGCGAGGAGGUGAGGAGCAAAGUGGUGCUGUCCAACGCAUCGCCGCAGAUCACGUUCCUGAAGCUGACGCCGCAGGAGUGGCUUCCCGAGGCGUUUGUGAAGAGAAUCUCUCAGCUGGACACCCAGUCUCCCGUCACCAAGAUCAACGUGGCUGUGGACAGGUUGCCCAGCUUCUUGGCAGCCCCCAACGCACCCAGUGGUCAGCCGCUGCCCCAUCACCAGUGCUCCAUCCACCUCAACUGCGAAGACAUCCCCGUCCUCCACCAGGCGUUCGAGGAUGCCGUGGCUGGCCUGCCCUCGCGCAGGCCUAUGAUCGAGCUCUGCAUCCCUUCCUCGCUGGACCCAACGCUGGCCCCCCGCGGCUGCCAUGUCAUCUCCCUCUUCACUCAGUACACGCCCUACACACUGGCUGCAGGCAAGCAGUGGGACGAGCUGGAGAAGAACGCUUAUGCAGACCGAGUGUUUGACUGCAUCGAGGCCUACGCCCCUGGCUUCAAGGGCUCCGUGCUGGGCAGAGACAUCCUCACUCCACCAGACUUGGAGAGAAUCUUUGGGCUCCCUGGAGGGAACAUAUUCCACGGUGCCAUGUCCCUGGAGCAGCUCUACUUCGCCCGGCCUGUGCCCCUGCACUCCAGCUACCGCAGCCCCCUCCAGGGCCUCUACCUCUGCGGCAGUGGGGCCCAUCCUGGAGGAGGUGUCAUGGGAGCCGCAGGACGAAACGCAGCCCACGUGGUCUUUGAGGAUCUUAAGAACAAGCGAGCCUGAAGCAACUCUGUCUAGGAAACUGUCCCCCGAGGAAGCCACUUGAGGUCGCCGAGCGCUCAGGCUCCACCACGAUCUUGGAAGAAACGUACAACUUGCAUUUAGUGCCUGCUAACCAGUGCCCCACGCCUCCAUGGGUGAACUGGGUGCAUUUUAUUAAAACCAGUGUUUAAUACAGAGAGGAGAGCCUGCUUGGAUUUAUUGCCCGUGUAUCCUGGGACUGUGUGAUCAUAGCUGGAUGAACUUGUCUGGGGCAAUGGCAUCCCAAGCCAGCAGAGCCUCCAGUCACACACACAGCAAGGAAGAUGGCUGCAGAGUGGGCUCAGCUGAGGCCCGGGGAGCCCCCAGCACUGCUUCCAGAGCGUUGCUUCUCCUUCUUCCCACCAGCAAGCCUGCCGGGUCAGCACAACCUUUCUGUGCACACCUAAGGUACUCCUGAGUGAGCUGGCAUCAGGACUCCCGCCAGCUUCUCCAGCGCCAGCAGCCAAGGCCGCGUCCAGAGCAGCCCUCUAUGCACAGGACAAGAGGCCCAUCUCCCAGGAGAAUGUGCACAGGGGAGGGCAGACUCACCCGUUCCUUCAUGCUCACAAGUUCACGUUUCUCAUCUAGGAAAGGGUCAUUGUAAAGGGCAAAUGAGACAAUAGAUCAACUCCGAGUCCAGUAUCUGGCGCGAAAGGGGCCUUCAGGGCGGGGUGGAGGGUCACCUUCACGUUGAUUCUGCAAGAGGAAGUCUUUUCCCCAGAACUGAGAGCCAGCAGAAGCUCUGUGGCCAGGGCGCAUGGAGCUGGCCGGGGUCAGCACUGCCGGGUUCUUCCGGGAUUCACUUUUCUCAAAAGACUUCCCAGAGCCUGCAGGGGUUGGGAAGUGGGAGAGAACCGGUAGGGAGGGGAGGAGCCGAGGACCUGAGACCUUCAGCAAAAUGUACCUUCGCACCUUCUGGAAGGGUGGCUGCCUUGUUUAAGUCACCCUUGGCCCCAAGCAGCCUGGUGCCCCUUCUCCCCCUGCCCCGGCGGGAUCAGAGCAGCGUGGGUCACACACAGGAGCCGAGUCCCCAGAGGCCGCACCAGACUUGGUUUUUAAGAAUAUUGUUGGUGGGAUUUUUUGUACACAAAAAUCAGAAAUGCUUAAUAUAGGAAAUUUAAAAAUUAUAAAAAGAAAGCAACCCGAAGCACACUCAUACUGUUCCCUGCAGAGACAGCCACACCUCCAUUUCACGAUGUUUCCGGCUAAUCUUUCUCAUAAUUGGGAUCAUAUUCUAUAUGUGAGCUAUAUAUCUCUCAUUUUAUUUCAUACCAUAAGCAUUUCUCAGUGUCAUAAAAAUUCUUUGAAAACAUUA